AACACAUUGGAAGUCGAAGAUGGGUUUCAGAACACAAUAACACGUUCAAAUCUUAGAAGACUCCCUCCCUAUUAAUAUUAUUCAGAUAAAGAGGUUCAAAUGAGGGUGAUUCCUUUCAGUUGGAUAAGGCUAAUUUACCACGAGACACUAUUCUCUGAUAUUGUAUGUUGUACAGUAGAGUGUGUAAACUUCUGAGUGUAAGCCAGUAAGCUCAGAAAAUAUAGAUUUACAAGAUGGAGCACAAGCCAGCAUACAUUGCCUUGAUUGUGACAACAUUCAUUGUAUACAUUGUCACAAUCACCUUCAACGCGUUAGCAGCCAGCAGUUUAGGAUGGCAGUCAGGUAUAUUUCUGAACACAACAAAUGUUGUAUCGGAUGUCUUUUACCUGGAAAUCACACCUGCAGGAUGGAUGUUUUCUGUAUGGGGCGUCAUCUAUAUCUGGCAGGGACUCUGGUUGCUUUAUGGUCUCAGCACCAUCUGUAGGAAGAGUGACUCUGGGUACUUGUACGUCACUCCCCCUGUUAUGCCACCCGUCAUUUACGUGAGCUUCAUCCUGAAUAACGUCUUCAACGUCACAUGGUUGUUCCUCUGGGAUCGUCGUCUCAUUGGUUGGGCAUUACCAUUUAUUGGAUUAGUCCCUGUGAUGCUUUAUAUUGGCUUGUUUUUCUCCUUCAAAAGGGUAUAUGAUUAUGGACCAAUACUGAUCAAACAAGGACUAAAUAGAGAGAUAUGGCUAAUUCGAAUGCUGGUGCAGAAUGGGAUUGCUUUCUACGCUACAUGGGUCAGUAUUGCACCAUUGUUGAACGUUGCCAUGGUAUUUCAUUACUCAUGGAAGGUGCCUCAGGAUACAUCAUGCACCAUCGUGCUCGCCAUCCUCCUCGUUGAGAUCCUUGCCUGGUUUAUCAUGGAUAACUUUAUAUUUGAUAAAUACACCCGAUACACCUUCAGUCCUUUCAUUAUUCUCAACCUUGCGCUCUCUGCAAGUUUGGCCAGAAACUGGGACCCUACCAAAACAAACUCCAUAUUCACCGCAGUUUUGAUGGGACUCGUGAUUUUACUGACCAUAGCAAAGUUGGUGAUUAUGAUCUGGAAACAUAUAAAACGACCAAUUGCGCAGACGUAUGAUACAACUUACAUGUUGUCUUACGAUAACCAAGGAUUGGAAAAGAAUUAAGGAUGAUAUUCUUGCCAACUUUUAAUAUCAAACAAAAUAGUUAGGGAUCGUAUUAGUAAAAUAAUUUAUGCAAACAUACACAUGUAUGCAUGAACAUGAGUUGAGUAGAUGUAAGCCAAAAACUAUGAAGAAUAUGUGAAAAAAGUUUGUCUUGCCUCAAAUGUCUGGAUCCCAUCAUCCCCCCCCCCCCCAUCUACUUCAUCAAGAGGGGGGGGGUUGUUGAGGUGUGUACAAAGGCUCACAAUGGCUUGUUGCAACACUAAAUGAGAAUUAUCUUGAAAAUUGUUUCCAAUUUAAGCGUGCAAUUGAAUAAUAUCUUAAAAUAGUUAGACUCUUGAACAUUAGUCCAGGAUCUCUUGAAAUCUAAAAUCAGC